AUGUCUCUCUCGUGGCUUCCCGCCGCGAUAGCUCUUCAGAGCGGACUCCCAUCCGUCUCCCUCUGCGAUUACCUUCUCUUCCUUUGUCCCUUGGCUGCCCAGCAGCGGCGCGCUGACGAGGCACUGGCGCUUCUACGCGAGGCGGCCGCUGAAGCGGUCCGCAAGCAUCUUGCCGCCCAGCACUGGACGGAGACGGCCCUCAUCUUCGACGGACACGACUACGGACCCACUCCUGUGCCUCUAAUUCCGGGUCUACUGGUCGCUUCGCCCAUGGUCGCAGCCUCCAAGCCGGCCCUUACGGACUCCUCGGUCUUCAGGCUCAUCCUCAACCCGAUCUUCAACCUCGUCAUCUUCUUCAUCACGCUUUGGAUCGCUUACCUGAGCCUCUGCUCUGUCGCAUACGUCGUCAAGCUGGUCAUUAGCUUGAUCUCCUGGGUCACAUCCUCCGUCUUUUGGAUCAUCUGCUCUUCAGUCACCUGGGUCGUGUCCGUUGUCGUCAAGAUCAUCGUCGCUGCCGGUUCCAACGUCUGGUCUUAUCUUGUCGAGGCGAAGGGUAUCGGCAAGGGUUGGUGCAAGCGUGUCGACUUGGCCAAGCUUACCAGCAUUGCCGUGUCUUUCUUCGUACGUCCUUUCGCUUCAUCUCUUCAGUCGUCUGUUCUAAUACUUCCGUAG